AGAACAUGCACCAUCCAUCAUUUUUAUGGAUGAGAUCGAUUCGAUUGGUUCCUCACGUAUAGAAUCCGGCUCAGGUGGUGGUGAUUCAGAAGUACAGAGAACAAUGUUAGAAUUAUUAAACCAAUUAGACGGUUUUGAACCUACAAAGAAUAUUAAGGUAAUCAUGGCAACAAAUCGUAUUGAUAUACUUGAUCCCGCACUAUUGCGGCCUGGUCGCAUUGAUAGAAAGAUUGAAUUUCCUCCACCAUCUGAAGCUGCCCGUGCUGACAUCCUAAAAAUUCAUUCGCGUAAGAUGAAUUUAACUCGUGGCAUCAAUUUACGCAAGAUUGCAGAAAAAAUGACAGGAUCUAGUGGUGCGGAAGUCAAGGCUGUCUGUACUGAAGCUGGUAUGUACGCUCUUCGUGAACGUCGCGUACACGUAACCCAAGAAGAUUUUGAAAUGGCCGUUGCUAAA